AUGUCUUCUCGGAGUAUAAAACGCCGGAAAACGCCAAACCCCUUCCGCUCCCCAACUCCCACCCUUCCAACUCGCGGAAGAACAAAAGCCUGUCUCCCUCACCUUACUUCCUCCACUCCCAACAACUAUUUCCUGCCUCCCAAAGGGCUACUAGCAGACCUCCAUCGCCGCGGAGAGCUGCCAUCACCUCUAUCCCCAAGCAUUCACUCCAUUUCAUCCGACUCACUUCCCUCCAUCCCCAGUUUACAACUCCCCCCUCCAGAACCAAGCGCAGACACCCCCCUCUGGGAACAAGUCAAAGCAAUCAUGAACCAAGAAACCUACUACAAAAACAAAUGCAAGACCAACGAGUUCGAGCUCAAAAAAUAUAAAAGCAAGAUACCAUCUCUCAAGAAGGCCCUUGUAAACAAGGAGAAAGAACUCGCCACGCAAGCCGACAAACUCCAGAACUGCGAAGAAAAAAUCGAAGAGUUGAACCAGCAACUUACCAUUACCAAGGAUCACAUAGAAGCACUAAAUAAAACGAAGGCUUCAAAUGAGUUGGAAGAACUACGCCGAAAGCUGAAAGAGGCUGAGUUUGAAUCCAAGAAAUUUCGCUGUGCGCUGGCCACGGCGUUCAAGGCAUCCGAUGACUUGGAAAGCAAGGUUAAUAUGCGCCAGCUCCUCGAACUUAGUGCUCAGCAACUAUUGAAACAGACUCCGAGUAUGAAAAGCGAAGACAAGGGAGCUUUGCGCAUGCCGGGUCAGUUUCCAGAGAUUAAGACCGAACUGGAUAGUUGCGACGAGAAGGGUGAAACAUUCUCAGCAAAGCGUAUGAGUCUCAUGAUACCACCAAGAAACCCCCUGCUAGAUAACGACAGUGACGAUAGUGAGAGCGAGCCACUGAUGAAGAGGGCGACAACUAGGAGCGGGAGUACUGGAAAAAAGAUGGCUUGGGAAGAACGUCCUGCCCUACUAACUCCCACGAAGCGUGGACGACGGCAAACCGAUGAUUAG